AUGUCUAAUCGCAGUUCUUCGGGGUCCCCGAAAGCGGCACGACAGCAGCUGGUCACGGAAGACUCCAUCAAGUUUCUCGAGCACCACCUGGAGCGGCGACAUGUUGCCAAACGAGCGUGCUUAGCUUGUCGAGAGAAGAAAAUCAAAUGUGACGGCGAACUGAAGUCUGACGAGUCGGGCAACAAGAGCUACGGCAAGUGUUCCAACUGCGCCUCAUCGGGCACCGAGUGCGUGUUUGUGCCCAGCAAGCGAGGUGGCCGCAGGAGAAAGAACUUCUCAGUGGACUCCUCAACCACGCAGUCUCACGGCUACUCGUCCUUUGCAAACGACCAGUCUCUGAAACGCCAGCACUUUGAUCCCGAGCGACGGUUUGAAACAGAAAGCACUCCCAGCAUGUUCACUUCCGACGCUGAAGAAUCUUUUCGACCCGCUCACCACCACCCUCCGCCGGGUAAGUUUGCUUCCAAGUAUCUGCCACCUCCGGUUGCCAGAUACGACGAUCUGGGCAAGUGGGCUGGUCCAAAAGAGCCGCGCUAUGGCAAAUACCCGUCCAAGGACUUGCCUUACUCCGAGCCCUACUUUUACUACGGCCAUCCUCCACCUCCUCCGCCGCCGGGUCCACAUCUUCCAGGCCACGGUCCGCCCUUGCUACGGCCUCCUGGGCCUCCGCCGCUUCCUCCGCCGUCUCCAGGAGCGUUUUCUCCGUACCAUCCUCCGUUCCAUCGCAUGCAUCGCCACCACCACCAUCGCCAUCCGCGUCACCAUCACUUUCACCACCAUCAUCCAGAUCCUUACUUUGACCCCCACAGGGUGCCGUACGGGUUCUAUCCGCCGCCGUCGCCUGGACGACGCUCGUCACUGUCGUAUUCAGACAGCGACAGCCGAGUCUCAGGCUCUGUAGCAGGGGAGUCGACGGGAAAAAGCACGUUGCUACCACCUUUAAACCACGCCGUUGGACAGCACAGCGAGGACGAGACGUCGGGAAACACAGAGGACUGGGUCAACAGACAAAAACAGAUACAGGAGCAGUAUCCCCGGGAAGACCAGAUGUCGAUUACAAGUCUGCCCACGAUCGCUGGUAGCCAAACGCCAAAGCACCAGAAAUUUACAAAGUCUGAGCUCGAAAAAUAUGGGCUGCCUUCAUGGGAUGUCAUAGACGCAGUGGUACAACUGUUCUACAAGUAUAUCCAUCUGUCGUACCAGGUGCUGCCAAACUUGAAAGAAUUCCUGGACAAAUUUUAUUUGACAGACGAGAAUGUUGCAAUACUAAGUGCGAUUUUCGAAAUGACUGUCCGAUAUAUUAAUCCGAAUGAAGUGGAGGACAAAAAAUAUCUUGACGAGAGUUAUUGGCUACAGAACUGUUACAAAUAUCGCCACAACCUGUCAGUAGAGGCAGAGCUGUUGAUUUUGACUCUCACCUGCACCUCUGGCGAGGACGACCAAUUGCAUCGCUGUUUCCGUCUGAUAAAGAGCUCGGGAUAUCUUGAUGUGCUGAAACGGAAGUCGCAAGCCGACUACAACGAGAUGCUUGAUAUUUCAACAGGCCGUCAGCUGAAAGACCGCGAGCUGCUGAUCCGAUGCGUGUGGAACGUCUACAAGUUCCAGACGUACCGACGGGCCAACUAUGGCUAUCCUUACCAAAAACAUGGAUUUUUCAAGCUGCCUGAACAAUUGGAGCUACCUCUGGACGAUAUCGUGUACUAUAAAGAGUCGGCUUCCUUGGAGUCCUUCAAAUCUGCGUUCAAAAAAGCCCAUUGUUCAGAACGGAUCAACCUGAACGAUCCGGCCAGGGACGAGAUGCCCGACUCCAUGAUGCUAAUUUUAUCUUGUCAUUAUAUGGACGAGGUGAUGGACAAUGUUGCCGAAAAUGCCCUGUUGACGGAAAACGUCAUCAAGCUGGAUUCGCAAUUGCAGAAAAUGGCAUCGCUUCCUAAUUUCCGUCCUUAUACUAUAGAAAACAACCGUCUGCUGAUCGACGCCAAUGUCCUGCUGUCGUGUUUCGUGAACAAGCUCUCUCUCAUCAUCCUGCACUCCUCGAUUUGCUGGGCAAUGCUUCCGUUGCAUCCAAAGGACUCGACACAGUGUCCCAACCCGCUUUCACUGAUGAACGACAGUCCGACGCCGUUCCCAGACGCCUCUCAACUGGUUUCUCCGAUGGACGUUCGUCAAUGGAAAUCUUUUGUCACGUGUCUUCGGGCUGCCUACGAUAUCGCCUCUUUGGUGCAACUGGGCGAAGGCAUUUGCGCCGAGUCGCUGCGGAUGGACACCAUGUUUCCUGUAUGCGUGGGUCCAUGUUCCACAAACGCAGCCGAGGGAUGUUACAACACAGAUCCGUCGCUGGUGGCCAAGUCCAACGUGCAACCAACAACGGAGCCGUGGGUACAGUACCCGUCGUUCUGUUCAGUGGGAGUGUGCAGCUCUGUCCCGAUACUGGGCUCUGCACUGCUUUUCCUUCGCCAACACCAAUUCCGUGUGGAAAAAAUACAAGGACGGUACACGGCGUCCGUACUGCGCGGAAACGAAAUACUGGCCGAAUGGGACGUCGAUGCCGAGAGCGCGGAAUUCAUCUCGGAAAAAUUGCGCGACAACUAUCUUACCAACAAGCUUCGCCUUAUCAGCAAGUACCUUUCUGCUGUUGGAAAAUUCAGAAGCGGUGUUCGUUUGGCGGGAACGAUCACCGACGAGCUGAUAAGCCGUUUAUCGACUACCUAA